AUGGCAGAGUCCUCCACAGCCGAAGAAGGCGUACUGGCCUUUUGGCAUUCUUUUCGCCUUCCUAUCCUUGUCGCCCUCACCACCGUCAUUGUUAUUAUCCGACUGCGUCGCAAGACACAGGCUAGACGGCUCAAAGCCGCGACUGCGUCCUCGGUUCCGCCAUCGCCCCGAAGUUCCGCACCAGAAAAGACUAUUGAGAAACAUGAAGUGCCUGCCGUAUCUGAGAAGAAGGAAUUGAAAGGUCCAGACCGUACAGCGGUUACUGGAAAGCCCGCACCAGGACCGAAGAGAGUCUCGGGAAGGAAACCCCAGAAGGUUGCUGGACGACGCGCAGAUACAACGGAUCAGGAACCAGCUUUGACAUUCCUCCAACCCAUUAUAUUUUACGCCUCCUUAACUGGAAACACGGAAAGAUAUGCCCAACUCUUCUUGGAGGAUCUCCGUGCCGCUGCGCAGAGUCAGUCUGACUCUGAGAAUCGUGAACGCGGACUGCUGCCUCCCCAGAUGCAUGAUUUGGCGUAUGUAGAUUUCGAUGACUAUUUCACCACUGCGCCAAAACCGCCCUCGACCUCUCCCGGUACGCGCUAUAUUUACUGUUUCUUAAUUCCCAGCUACAAUAUCGACACUAUCCUCAAUACCUUCCUGGCCCACCUCGAUGAAACCCACCACGAUUUCCGAAUUGAUACGGGAUCCUUGUCCACUCUUGCUGGCUUUACGGUCUUUGGAUUUGGUGACAAGGAAGGGUGGCCGACUGAGGAGGAAGGGUUCUGUUCGCAGGCCAAGGAAUUGGAUAGAUGGAUGGCCAAGCUUACUGACAAGAAGAGGGCAUAUCCUCUCGGAUUUGGUGACGUGAAAAGUGACGCCGAGUCCGCACUCAAAGAGUGGUCUCGUGGUCUUCAGGAAAUUCUUGGCGAUAUUGUUGAACACGGUGGCUUGGGAGAGGGUGUUCCAGGAAGCGGUGACCCGCUGGAGAGUGAUGAGGAGGACCUGGACGACGAGGAAACUGAUGAUGCCAAACAAAAGGCUCGGCCCCGCAGAAAGCCUCGAGCUGUAGUUGACUUGGAAGAUAUUAAGAUGGGAUCCAAUAGCCAAGCUGGGUCGGGAUCCCCGAUCCCCGUUGAUUUCACCACCUCAGGAAACCCUGCUGUCCAAUCUAUUCAACCCACUGAGAAGGAGAUGGUCCCAACAACAUCGCCUACCUAUGCGGCCCUCACAAAGCAGGGUUAUACAAUUGUUGGCUCGCAUUCUGGCGUGAAGAUUUGCCGGUGGACCAAGUCUGCGCUACGUGGUCGCGGGUCAUGCUAUAAGUUUUCCUUCUAUGGAAUUCGCUCACAUCUUUGUAUGGAGGCAACCCCUUCUCUUUCUUGCAGUAACAAGUGCAUUUUCUGCUGGAGGCAUGGGACCAAUCCAGUUGGAACCACUUGGCGCUGGAAGGUGGAUUCGCCUGAGUUGAUUUUCAACGGGGUCAAGGAGGGCCACUAUAAAAAGAUCAAAAUGAUGCGCGGUGUUCCAGGUGUCCGUGCAGAGCGCUUCGCGGAAGCCAUGCGCAUUAGACACUGUGCCCUGAGUCUUGUUGGUGAACCGAUUUUCUACCCCCACAUUAAUGGGUUCUUGGAUCUUCUACACUCGGAGCACAUUUCUAGCUUUUUGGUGUGCAACGCACAACACCCUGAUCAACUUGAAACAUUACACAGGGUGACUCAGCUGUACGUAUCUAUCGAUGCCAGUAACCGCGAAAGUCUUCGAAAGAUUGAUCGUCCUCUCCAUCGGGAUUUCUGGGAGCGGUUCCAGCGGUGCCUCGAUAUCCUGAGGGAAAAGCGACACAUCCAACGCACGGUCUUCCGCCUCACACUGGUGAAAGGAUUUAAUGUUGAUGAUGAGGUUAUUGGCUAUGCAAAUCUCGUAGAAAAGGCAUUGCCGUGCUUUAUCGAGAUCAAGGGGGUGACAUACUGCGGUACGAGCACAAGUGCAGGCGCUGGGCUGACGAUGCAGAACGUCCCGUUUUACGAAGAGGUUGCUCAGUUUGUCGUCUCUCUUAACAAAGAAUUGGAGCGCCGGGGCCUGGACUAUGGAAUUGCUGCGGAGCAUGCUCACAGCUGCUGCGUCCUCAUCGCCUCCCGGCGUUUCCAUGUUGAUGGAAAGUGGCACUCCCGCAUUGAUUACCCUCGGUUCUUUGAACUUUUAGAACAGGAAAAGGCCGAUGGCACCUCCUUCCGUCCAGAGGACUACAUGAAAGAAACGGAAGAGUGGGCGCUAUGGGGCAACGGAGGGUUUGACCCGAAUGAUGAGCGGGUCCAUAAAAGGGGUAAAAAGGCUGCACUUCAGCGAGCAUUGGAGGCAUAA